AUGAAGCGCUGCAGAGCGUUCCAGCUGGAGACGGGACAACAGGUGGAGGUGGUCCGCUCCGUCUGCAGAGGGAAGGGUAAGAUCCUGGUGGGGACUAAGGAUGGGGAGAUCAUCGAGGUUGGGGAGAAGAACGCUGCGUCCAACCUCCUGCUGGACUCCCACGCUGGAGGAGGAGCAGGAGGAGCAGCAGGAGGAGGAGGAGUCUGGGGUCUGACGGCUCAUCCUGCUAGAGAGACGGCCAUCACAGCUAGUGACGACAAGACCAUCAGAGUCUGGGACCUCACAGACAAGAAACUGCUGAACAAGGUGUGUGUGGGCCACGCGGCGCGCUGUGUGAGCUACAGCGCCGACGGAGAGAUGCUGGCGGUCGGGAUGAAGAACGGAGAGUUCCUCCUCCUCCUCGCCAACUCGCUGAAGAUGUGGGCGAAGAAACGGGACCGCAGCGUCGCCAUCCAGGACAUCAGGUUCAGUCCCGACCGGCGGCUGCUGGCCGUCGGUUCUGUGGAGAACACGGUGGAUGUUUACGACGUGAGCGGAGGACCGAGUCUCAACCGGCUCGUUUACUGCAGCGACAUCCCCGCUUUCAUCCUGCAGCUCGACUUCUCUGCUGACAGCUGCUACAUACAGGUGUCAACAGGAGCUUAUAAGCGGCAGGUGUUCGAGGUUCCUUCUGGGAAGAUGGUGAACGACCAGCAAGUCAUCGACAGGAUCACCUGGGCUACCUGGACCAGCAUUCUGGGAGAUGAAGUUUUGGGGAUUUGGCCGAGAAACGCCGACAAAGCUGAAGUGAACUGUGCGUGCGUGUCUCACGGCGGCCUGAACGUGGUCACCGGGGACGACUUCGGCCUGGUCAAACUCUUCGACUUCCCCUGCACAGACAAGUUUGCCAAACACAAGCGCUACCUCGGCCACUCGGCUCACGUGACCAACAUCCGCUUCUCCCACGAAGACAAAUACGUGAUCAGCACAGGAGGAGACGACUGCAGUGUGUUUGUGUGGAAAUGUCUGUGAAACAGACUUUGUCCUCCGUCGUGACGCUGACGCUUGUAUCCAAAGCGCCUUAACAGCACCACAAGUGGAUCCAGAGGGAGUCGAACCCCAAACCUCCUCUCUGAGACGGAGAGUUCUCCUGAAGAUCAAGCUGCUGCUGAAACCUUACAGACAGUGGGGCAGAUCACCAGGAGGA